CACUGUGUGACGAGUCUCCUAUUGACGCUGCAGCACUUGCUAAUUGGAUUGGUCACAGCUGAAGGGCAAGCACAAUAUACAGUACUGUAAACAACUUCUUGCUGCUGUGAUAAUGGGUGUAAAAUAGCUGUUAUUUACCAGCACUGGUUCUUUACAUGCUACUCAACAGGUGCAAGUUCCUGUUUAGUCUGUUUAUUGUUUGUUAAUAAAGAAAGGAGGGCAGUGAAGUGCAGUGACGAGUUCAGAAAAUGUUAUUUUCCUUAAAGAAAUUUCCUCCACAGGACAAAACAACCUCAGAUUGACCAUUAAAACUGACCUGAGGAUCAUUAUAAAGCUUUAGCUCUAAAGAUUUUACCCUUCCAAAUGAUAAGACGUGUUUUUCCUUUCUCAGACGUUUGGAGGCUGAUUAACUAAGUGUAUCAAGGGAGACAAAAUGAGAAAGAUAACGACCUAAAGUGGAGAAGAUUGUUUAGCUUUAGGAGAAAAAUAAGAAGCAGUGAUUGUGCAAAGAAGACAGCAGGAUCUGGAAAAUCUCGUCUCUGCUUCUUUCUUAUUGCACAACUCUGCACUGGCAGGAGGGUCAUUCCUCUCCCUGUACUCCUCCCCUCUGGUUGUUUUGUCCAUUUUCAGACGGUUCCGAGCUACACAGCUGGUAGAAAUGGAACUGAGGGGAGCAAUGGUUCUGGUUGUGUUGAUGGGGACGACAUGGAGCCUCAGUGUGACAACAAUCAGACCUGAAACAGUUUCCAUGGAUGCGGUGGCUCGUCCUGACAUGGCCGAGGAGAACACAGAACAGACAGAAGCAGCAGCAGCAGAGGAGGCUGAAGAGGAUGUGAUGGCAACAGGUGAGCUGAACCCCAAUCACUACCCCGCCCAGAGGGCAGCAAAGGUGGUCCAACACUACCUCAACACCCGCCAUGGAUCCCCCUACAGACUGUUUGGAUUAAAGCAGGUCCACAGUGGGAACGCAGAGGAUGUGGCAGACUCCGGGAGAAAGUACCAGCUGGAGAUUUCAGUACACGAGAUCAUCAGUAAUACAACAGAGAAGUGCUCGGCUGAGGUUUACUUUCCAAGGGGAGAAAAGCAGCUCCCACCUCAAGUGCAGGUCUCCUCAUUAGUGGAGCUCCCGAAAACUGAUGUUGAAGCUAAAGAAGGGGAGUUAUACCAGGAGUACAGGACCAAUAAAACCCUGCGUACUGAAAAACGUCUACCUGACAGCUACGGUCACAUGGACCCAGAGAUGACUCCCUUCUGGCAUCUCGGCAUUGUGGCCUCCAGCUUCAUCAUGCUGAGUGAAUCCACAGAAAACACUCUGUACAACGUGGCUCAGGUGGCCAACAUCACACAGCUGACAACAGAAAAUGACCAGUUGAAGUUUGAUUGUCACGUUCUGCUGCACGACAUGGUGUCUCAGGAAAUCCCCCAGUGGAAGCUGCUGUUCACCUGGUCUCCAGCCGAGGGCGUUAAGGUGCUGCAGACCGAGAAGCUGCCUCACGUUCAUGAAUGUGAAAAACAUCCCAAAACCAACUGAUCUUUCUCAAAAUGAUGUUGCAACACGUUGUUUCUUUGUAAAUGUUCUUAAAGUGAUGCCACAAUUUAUGAAGCAAGAUUUGCCUUUCACUCCUGCAGCAUAAAGCUUUUGAAAU